GGCUCUAUAAAGUGCGCCGCUGUCCCCAUCCCACAUGACUUGUGCUCCGGCUUCUGCGCUGCUUAGACCAGACACUCCAUUCCAACCACCGCUGCUGCUUUUCUUCCUACCCGUUUCUGCCACGCCGAAGCAACCAUGAGCGGCUACUACAACGAGGACAACAAAUACCCGCCCCAGGAGGGCUACCACCACCAACAGGGCGGCGCCGCCAACUCCUACUACGAGCAGGGCAACAACGACCAAUACCGUACACAAUACCAGCAGCCUCCUCCUCCUCCCUAUGGAGGGGAGGGCCAGCACAACUAUGGCGAGCAGGGCUAUGGCCAGCAGGGCUACGGCCAGCAGAGCUACGGCCAGCAGAACUAUGGCGGCGAGCCCCAGGAGGGCGAGCGAGGCCUGAUGGGCGCUCUGGCGGGAGGCGCCGCCGGAGCCUUUGGCGGCGCCAAGUUCGGCGGCCAGGCCACCGGCCACUCCAAGACCAGCGGCGUGGUCGGCGCCAUCGUCGGCGCCAUUGCCGGAUCGAAGCUGCAGGACGGCGUUUCCGACUGGCGCCACGAACGACACGAGGAGAAGGAGGACGCAGAGCGACGAAGACGCGAGGAGGAGCGCAGGUACGAAGACGAGCGCAGAUACGAAGAGGAGCGCAGACACCGCAGCCGCUCUCGCAGCCACUCUCGCCGUCGCCACUCCCGCAGCCGCUCCAGCAGCCGCUCCAGCCGCUCGUCGCACCACCGCCGCCGCUCUGGCUCCCGGUCUCGCGGCCACACCAUCACGGUGCAGCAGGGAGACACGCUCCGUGGCAUUGCUGCCCGCUAUGGCACCUCCUAUGAGGAGAUUGCCCGGCACAAUGGCAUUGAUAACCCGGAUAUGAUCUACCCUGGCCAGGUUCUCAGGGUGCCUGGACGGUAUUAGAGCACUGUUUUUGAUGCUCUCGUCUAGCAUGAUGGAUGCAUUUUUUUUUAUUACGGUAAUGACGGUAAAUGGAGGCUGGUGCCGGAUGAAUGGACUCUGCUGUACCACUUUAGAUGAGAGGAUCCUGGAGAUCAAGCAACUGCAGAGUGAUUCUUAGUCUGGCUAAAUAAAAAAUGAA